AUGUACAGUGAAAUACCAACGACAGAUAAGAAAGGAGAACGUGAUCGUAAUCCAAGAUCUAAUGCAAAUAUUUUUGAAAUCUUCACAUUUAGCUGGCUUUUAAACCUCUUUAAAACGGGACAAAAGAGAGAUUUGGAGAGCAAUGAUUUAUACGAUCCACUUAACGAUCACAAGUCAUCAUUAUUAGGAUUCGAAAUUGAAAGGAGAUGGAAAAUUGAAAUCGCUAAUGCAAAAAAUACAAAUCGGGAACCUAGUUUAUCGAGAGUUUUAGUACGAAUGUUUGGUGGAAGUUUUUUUUACUAUGGGAUAAUACAAAUGUUUUUUGAAACCGUGUUAAGAAUGACUCAACCUUUACUCAUUGGUGGACUAUUAGCAUAUUUCAACCACGGCGGACCCAAUAUCAUAGAUUCUAAACAUGCAUACAUGUAUGCAUCCGGUCUGUUGUUAAACAUGUUAGCUAACAUAGUGUUAUAUCAUUAUUCGCAAUUGGAAUUGGGACACAUUGGAAUGAAGAUCCGUGUUGCUUGCUGUUCAACAAUAUAUAAAAAGGCAUUAACGUUAAGUACAACUUCUCUCUGUGAAACCACAGUCGGUCAAGUAGUAAAUUUGAUAUCAAAUGACGUAAACCGAUUUGAUAUAGCAUUAAGAUUUAUACAAUUCUUAUGGAUCGGACCUCUGCAAACUAUUUUGGUCACAUAUUUUUUGUGGCAAGAAAUAGGUGUAUCGUCAAUAGUUGGAGUGACUGUAUUUCUCGCGUUUGUUCCAUUACAAGGAUGGUUGGGGAAGAUGACGUCUGACUAUCGGUCAAAAAUCGCAUCAAGGACUGACGAAAGAGUAAGACUAAUGAACGAAAUAAUAUCAGGCAUACGAGUUAUCAAGAUGUACACAUGGGAGAAACCUUUUGCAUUGCUUGUACAAUAUGCAAGAAAAAUGGAAAUCGAACAGAUAAGAGGGACAUCGUGGAUUAGAGUUUUUUUGCAGUCAUUCAGACUAUUUAAUUUUAGAUUUGCGUUGUUUAUAAGCAUUUUAUCAUAUGUUUUAUUAGGAAAUUCCAUUAACACGCAACAAGUAAAUAUACAAGUAGAAAACACUUAUUACAAACAGGCUUGGCACAAGAAUUAUUUCCCCUGUGUUACGGACUAG